CUUGCUGAUCAGUGUGACUCACUCACGGCAGUGCUGCAGCAUGGGGCAGCUGCUGUCCCCAGUGGUUCUGCUGCUCUUGGUGUCAGCUGCCUCCCAGGCUGCAGAAGACCUGAAACCUGUGGUGCUGCUAGACCCUCCGUGGGACAGGGUGCUCCAGGACGACAGAGUGACUCUCAAGUGCCAGGGGGUCCCCCCUGCUGCGAACAGUUCCAUACAGUGGCUGCACAACGGGAGCCUCAUCUCAAGCCAUGCCCCCACCUACACCAUCACAUCUGCCCGCGCUGAAGACAGUGGAGAGUACAGGUGCGGCACCAACAUCUCCUCAAACCUCCCUUCGAACAUCUCCUCGAACAUCUCCUCGCUCAGUGACCCAGUGCAGUUGCAUGUCCGCGUCGGCUGGCUGGUGCUCCAGGCUGCGCGGUGGGUGAUCCAGGAAGGGGAGCCCAUUCAUCUGAGGUGCCACAGCUGGAGGAACAAGCCCGUGUACAAGGUCAUCUACCUACAUGAUGGCAGGGGCGUCAAGUAUUUUCAUUACAAUACGGACCUCCACAUUCCAGAAGCCAAACGCACCUUCAGCGGCUCCUACUGCUGCACAGGGCUCAUCGGGAAAUCAAAUGUAUUUUCAGAGACCGUGCUCAUCACUGUUGAAGCCAAUCCAAGCAUCUCACCCUCCGUUUUGCCCUGGUACCUGAUCGCCUUUGGCCUGGUGAUGGGGCUCCUGCUGGCCAUGGACACAGCACUGUACUUCUCUGUGAAGAGAGACCUUCGAAGCUCCCUCAACACCCGGAAGGACUACACACUCGUGUGGAGCAAGGACACUCUGGACAAAUGACAUCAUGGCGGGGGAGGGGGGAACUACAAGGACAGUGGCAGCAGAUCUCCAAAUUUCUCCAUGAAUUUGCAACAUCCUCAUCCCCAAGGGACAUCCCUGACAGCGACCAGAACCUACAUGCAGGGUCCUCCCCACUCCCUGGUCCCUCCUCAUUUCUGGUAGAAGGGAAAGGUGCCACCAGUAAUACCCAGGGGGAUCCAAAUCUUUGAGAGAACAGCCCCUUGGGUAGCCCUGCCGUGCCCUCACAGCAGAGCCACACAGACCCCAUUGCCAACUCUUGCGCGCACAUACAUUGUUCUUGAACACACGGGGCAGUAGAGAAGGGAAGAAUGGGGGAGGCCAAGCCCACAACCCAGCUGUCUGCAGCUGCUGCUGCUGUGGGACGGGCUGCUCCUGGAGACCCCAGUCUCCUGGCAGACAGAGCAAGGGUGCAGCCAAGGACCUCGGCGGCUCCAUGAGACGGGGAGGCUGAGGAGGAGCAGCAUGUCCCAGG